AUGGAUUCGGCGAAAUCAGCUGCAGCGUCUCGAUAUCUACACACCAGAUGCUAUUCCGGUCAAGCAGACAAUGCCUCAUCAGGCAUUUUGUCAUCAGGCACUGGCUCGGUAGCAGGCAUUGGUUCGGCAGCACAAAAUGGCUCGGCAGCAGGCGACGCAGCAGGCGAUGGAUCAGGCGACGGACUGAAGGGUUUGAACGAGGAGCAGCGAGCAGCGGUGGUGGCAUCGCCACACGGCUGCGUGCGCGUGGUGGCUGGUCCUGGAUCCGGCAAGACCCGCGUGCUCACACACAGGUGUAUCACCUUCACCAACAGAGCAGCCAAUGAGCUUGUGACACGUCUCCAGGACCUCCUGUCUCCCGAGGCUGCUGCAGCUGUCCAUGUGGGGACCUUUCACGGCAUUGCAGCUCGCAUUCUCAGGCACGAGAUGCUUCCCUCUCUUCGCAACCGAAGAUGCUACAGGGACUACACCAUAUAUGACGAGGAUGAUUCACUGCGAGUGAUAAAGGAGAUUGAUAAGCAGGAGAAAGAAAGACUCGCUAAGAUCAGCCCAUAUCAGCCAGGGAAAUCCAAUUCAGCAGCAGCAGGAGGAGCAGCAGCAGGAGCCAAUCCGGACGGCCUAUACGAGGCCAUGUCACAUCUCUCUCUCCAAUCAGGCGACGCCACGUCAGCAGCACAGGCAGCAGUGGCAGAAGUGCUGGGGGAUAGAGGGGGUGGGGGAGCGGGAGGAGAUGGGGUAGACGGGGAUAAGGAGGGAAACCGGUUGAAAAAUAUAAGGGAUGCGGUGUUGAGGUAUAAGGAGGGGGGGAUGAAAGAGGACAUGAGGGGGAGAGUGGGGGAGAGGAGGAGAGGGAGGUUCGAAGGGGAGUUGAGCAUAGGAGGCUCCAUUCCCAGAUACGCGAAGCUGUACGAGGACGAGCUGAGGCGGAGCAACGCGUUGGAAUUUGACGACCUCACACACUUCCUCCUCGACCUCUUCCACACCCAGCCCCACGUGCUCAAGAAAUACCAAGAGCGCUUUCAGCAUGUGUUGGUGGACGAGUUUCAGGACACGGAUUCGUUCCAGUACGAGAUAGUGCGGCUACUGACACUCAACUCCAAGUGCCUGUUCGUUGUGGGGGACAUUGACCAGUGCAUCUACUCCUGGCGUGGAGCAGAGUACCACUACCUGCAGCGGCUUUUAGACGAGGACUUUGAUGACGUCACCACGCUGCAGCUUCGCAGCAACUACCGGUCAUCCCAGAGCAUCCUGCAGGCAGCAAACCGCGUGAUUCAGGGCUGCUCCUUUCCCCACGUGUCGGCCAAACUCCCCCACACUCCCACCCCCACUCCUCCACACCCGCCAGCUUCGCAGCAACUACCGGUCAUCCCAGAGCAUCCUGCAGGCAGCAAAUCGAGUGAUUCAGGGCGGACCCAGGGACAGGCGCGUUGGGGGAGGCACCCUGGAGCUCAAACCAACCAAGGCCAUCCGGUGUUCUUCUCCUUCUUCCCCUCGUGCGCCAGUGAAGCCGCAACAAUUGCUGAGGAGAUAGAGAGUCUGGUCGACCCCGCUGAGCUGUCCCCCUGGCGGGGGCAAGCAGGCGCGAGGGGGGGCGCGGGGGGAUGGGCGAGGGGAGGGGCGGGGGCAGGGGGAAGGGCAUGGGCGGGGGGAGGGGCGAGGGAGGGGGCAAUGGGACGGGCGAGGGCAGGGGAGGGCGGAGGGGCGAGGGGAGGGGGAAUGGGAGGGGAGAUGGAAGGGGAGGUGGGAGGGGAGGGAGCAGGGGCGAGUGGGGGCUAUGCAUGGAGGGACUUUUGUGUGCUGUACCGCACACACGCUCAGGCCGUGCAGCUGCAACAGGGGCUGGCGGACCUCGCAAUUCCAUGCAUUGUCGUGGGCGGGAGCACUCUGUUCCAGAGGAAGGUGGGUUGCUGCUUUGAUGUGCCUCGUGUUGCCUGGGGGCCAAGGCAUCUCAGCCAAACAACGCUCCAGCAGGGGCUGGCGGACCUCGCCAUCCCAUGCAUCGUUGUGGGAGGGAGCACGCUGUUUCAGAGGAAGGUGGGUGCUGCCCCCUCGUUUCCGAAGGACCAAGUCAUGGGCCAUCGACAAGCCAAGUCACUGGUGCAGCAGUGGUUCGGACCAUUGACACUCCCUUUCUCCCUCAUUACUUGUCCUCCCCUCUGUACCUCUCUGCACCUCUCUUUCUUCCUCAUCACUCCCGUCCUCUCUACCUCCACCUUGCCUCCCUUGCACCAUGCAGGCCUGGGGGCGAAGUCAUGGGCGACAGUGCAGCAGUGGGCUCAGGGCCUCGACUCCCCCGCGGGCACUGCAAUCCUGGAACUAGCACUGGGCAAGCAUGCAGACAACCCUCCUUCCAUCUCCAAAAAGGCCAGGGAAAAUCUCCUCAGCUUCGCACACCUCAUUCUCUCCUUCCGUACUGCUGUAGGCACAGUUGAUGGCGACAACUCAAGUCUGAGUGCUUCGAGUCUCAGUGAUUCAAGCCUUGAUAAAUCAAGUCCCGGUGAUUCGAGUCUUGGUGAUUCGGGGCUAAGUGGGAGCAGUGGUGUGACCGAAGGGCUGCCUCAUGCGGGAGGGCUGCUGAGGACUAUAGUGGAUGUGCUCGGGUUGAAGCAGGAAUACAGCCCGGCAGCAGCAGCGGCAGCAGCAGCAAAGAGCCGGUCCCCCAACCCUGCUGCGUUGAGGCAGCGGCAUGAGGAGGAGUUGAAGCGAGCUCUUGACCAAAUGGAACGAUUGCAGGACUUGGCGAACAGGUUCGGCCCAACCUGUGGGGUUGGUAUGGAGGGAGUGCGGAACUUUCUGGAGCAGAUUGCACUACUUUCAGGGGAGAUGCACGAGUCUGGGGGCAAGGAGGGACAGCUGUCAGCCAACGCUGUGCGGCUGAUGACCAUCCACAAGGCCAAGGGGCUGGAGUUCCCUGUGGUGUUCCUGACAGGCCUGGAGAAUCGAAUCUUGCCGCUGAUUCAGUAUAGGAGGCGUGAGGAGGAGAGGCCUGGGUGGGAGAGGGUUACUAUAGGGACGGGGGGUACUUGA